AUGGCUAGCAACCAAUCAAAUUCCGACAUGUCAUCACAGCAACAAGAACCAAACCAGCAAAGAAAGAAACGCAGAAAACUUACACAUGAAACGACAGAGAGUCGCAUUCAAAACGAUGGCACUGGCGAGAACAAAAACCAGCCUACAGUGAGGUGGCGAACUGACUCGACGAGGCGGAUCUAUUCGUCGAAGCUUCUAGAAGCUCUGCGUCGAUCACGCCGGACAACUCCUCGGAAUGAGAAGACUAGAGAAGUUCGAGAAACCGCUGACAGAGUCCUCGCGGUGGCGGCGAGAGGGAAAACCAGGUGGAGCCGCGCGAUUCUCGCGAAACGCGCGAGGUUUUUGAGAGUAAAGAAAGUGAAGAAACCGAAGGUGACAAAAGAUCGCAAGUUACCGGAGAGAGAGAAGAGGAGGAAGUUUCCGGCUGUCGAGAAGAAAGUGAAGGUUUUGAGCCGGUUAGUUCCUGGUUGCAGGAAAGUCUCGUUUGUAAAUCUUUUAGAGGAAGCGAGUGAUUAUAUUGCGGCUUUGGAGAUGCAGAUUAAGGUCAUGGCCACUCUCAGUGAGAUUCUCAAUGCCGCUGGCGGCGGAGGAGGCGGUGGCGCGGGAGUUGGAGGCGGCUCGUCAAGUUGA